AUGGAAAGUACUUCUGCAAAAUCUUUCCACACUCGUUCCACCAGUUUCCCAUCGAACUCCCGCCCAAAUUUGGCCAGAGUACAAGAGUGCCUUGACUUGGUUACGGCCUGGGAAGCCUCCCCUUCUAGGAAGACACAGUUCCCAACUAGACUUGGCCACGUCAAGGACCUCUAUACUUCCAUCAAUGCCUUCCUCCAACUCCCUCGCGCUCCACAGGCUCUUUAUGGCAAAGAGAGCUUGGUCGCAGGGUUGAUGGAUGACUUCCUCUGCUUAAUGGAUGUCUGUGGGUUGGCGGCGGACUCGUUGCUGCUCAUGAGAGAGCACCACCAGUCCCUUCGGUCCAUGUUUCGAAGAGGCGAUUCUGGGCUGGAAGCUGGAAUUUGUGCGUACCAGUGCAGCAGGAAGAGAAUGAGGAAGGACAUGAAGAAGUGUCUGAGAUUAUUGAGAAGUAUGGAGAAGCAAGUAUCUCCAUCAAAUGCCAAACUUGACAUGAUCGAUCAAGUCUUCAGGGAUGCGAGGACUGUCACAAUCUCUACCUUCAGUCUUCUUGCUUCGACCAUCUCCGGCCAAAGGGCAGCACGGUCCAUCUUCUCAGGAUUGUUGAGUUCCAAGAGCCAUGACGUGGAAGAUGAUGAAGAUGGUGCUAGUUUAAUAGAGAAGGUAGAUGUGGCUAUAUUUGGGCUUUAUGGCCAUUCCUCGAAGAAAGUAGAGGACAAUGUGCGAGACGCACAGAAGCAGAUGGAAGCAUUGGAUCUUACCUUGGGGGAAACAGAGGCUGAACUGGAAGAUGUCUUCAGGUGUCUGAUCCAAGUCAAAGUCUCUCUCCUAAACAUCGUGACUGGGUGUUGA